UCUGAUAUUUAGCGCCGCCACUCUUCCCUCUCAGACCGCCAGCUGGUCUUCGGGCAGGAUGGGUGUCUACCGCGUCCGCGUGUCCACCGGCUCCUCGCUGUGCGCGGGCUCCAACAACCAAGUGAAGCUGUGGCUGGUGGGCCAGCACGGGGAGGCGGCGCUCAAGACGGGCCUGCGGCCGUCGCGGGGCCGGGAAGUGGAGUUCACGGUGGACGUGCAGGAGUACCUGGGGCCGCUGCUGUUCGUGAAACUGCACAAGUGGCACUUGUUACAGGACGACGCCUGGUUCUGCAACUGGGUCUCGGUGCAGGGCCCCGGAGCCACGGGGGACGAGUUCAGGUUCCCGUGCUACCGCUGGGUGGAGGGCAAGGACACCGUGACCCUGGCCGAGGGCACUGGCCGCACAGUGGUGGACGACCCCCAGGGCACCUUCAAGGAACACCGGGAGCAAGAGCUGGCAGAGCGCAAGAAGCUGUACCGCUGGGGCAACUGGAAAGAUGGGUUAAUCCUGAAUAUGGCCGGGGCCACAAUCUGUGACCUCCCAGUGGACGAGAGAUUUCUGGAAGACAAGAGAGCUGAUUUCGAGGCUUCCCUGGCCAAGGGCCUGUCAGAACUGGCCCUCAAAGACUCCUUAAAUGUCCUGAGCUGCUGGAAUGAUCUGGAAGACUUCAACCGGAUUUUCUGGUGUGGCCAGAGCAAGCUGGCCGAGCGCGUGCGUGACUCCUGGAAAGAGGACGCCUUAUUUGGGUACCAGUUUCUCAAUGGCGCCAACCCCAUGCUGCUGAGGCGCUCCAGGCGGCUCCCGGAUCGCCUGAUCUUCCCUCCCGGGAUGGAGGGGCUGCAGGCGGAGCUGGUGACGGAGCUCCAGGGAGGCACGCUGUUCGAAGCUGACUUCUCUCUGCUGGACGGGAUUAAGGCCAAUGUCAUCCUGUGCACCCAGCAGCACCUGGCCGCCCCUCUGGUCAUGCUGAAACUGCAGCCUGACGGGAAGCUCUUACCCAUGGUCAUCCAGCUCGAACUGCCGCGCACGGGAGGCCCCCCGCCCCUGCUCUUCCUGCCCACGGACCCCCCGAUGGCCUGGCUCCUGGCCAAAUGCUGGGUCCGUAGCGCGGACUUCCAGAUGCACGAGCUGCAGUCUCAUCUCCUGCGAGGACACUUGAUGGCCGAGGUCAUCACUGUGGCCACCAUGAGGUGCCUUCCAUCGAUACACCCUAUCUUCAAGCUCAUCAUCCCGCACCUGCGCUACACCCUGGAGAUUAACGUCCGGGCCAGGAACGGGCUCGUCUCUGACAUGGGCGUUUUCGACCAGGUGGUCAGCACUGGUGGCGGGGGCCACGUGCAGCUGCUGCAGCGGGCGGUUGCCCUCCUGACCUACAGCUCCCUGUGUCCCCCUGACGACCUGGCUGAGCGGGGGCUCCUGGGGGUCCAGUCUUCAUUCUAUGCCCAAGAUGCCCUGCGGCUCUGGGACACCAUCACCCGCUAUGUGCAGGGCAUAGCGCGUCUCCACUACCAGACGGACGAGGCCGUGCGAAACGACACAGAGCUGCAGGCCUGGUGCCGCGAGAUCACUCAAAUCGGGCUGCUCGGGGCCCAGGACCGAGGGUUCCCCGACUCCCUGCAGUCCCAGGACCAGAUGUGUCACUUCGUCAGCAUGUGCAUCUUCACCUGCACGGGCCAGCACUCGUCCAACCACCUGGGCCAGCUGGACUGGUACACUUGGGUCCCUAACACGCCCUGCACCAUGCGACUGCCCCCACCGACCACCAAGGACGUGACGCUGGAGACGGUUAUGGCCACGCUGCCCAACUUCCACCAGGCUUCUCUGCAGAUGGCCAUCACCUGGCAGCUGGGCAGACGCCAGCCCAUCAUGGUGGCUGUGGGCCAGCACCAGGAGGAGUAUUUUACGGGCCCUGGACCCAAGGAGGUGCUGAAGAAGUUCAGGGAGGAGCUGGCCGCCCUGGAGAAGGACAUCGAGGCCCGGAACGCGAAGCUGGACCUGCCGUACGAGUACCUGCUGCCCAGCCUGGUGGAGAACAGCGUUGCCAUCUGAGCACUCGGCCCGCCCGCUGCGGUCCCCACCCCCUCCUGUCCCCACCCCGCUAAGGAGCCCCUUCCCAUCGUCGGAGCCUGCGCUGGACACACUGCAUUCUACACGCAUCACCUUGGGGCCUCGUCCUGCGCCCUCCCUCAUCCUCGGGGUCCCCCCGAGGCAGACCACAAGUCCGCUUAUAUCCACUGCUUCACGAGUAGGCUAGGCUGUCCAUACAUAUCUACUCCGCACCGGAUUUUAUGAAUCAAAUAUGAUUUUGAAACUAAAUUGCAUUUAAUGGCAACAAAUAGAAUUCGCCGAGAAAGGGAAAGAAAGGAAUCUGGAACAAAUGAGUCUAAAUCAAAGUUGGCAAAAGCACGGGGCCGUCUUUCCAGCUGGGUGGGCUCCACCAGCGCCUCACAGGGGUUCUCCAAUCUGCCCCUUCCCGAUUCGCCUACUGGAUGAGAAACGGAAGAAAACUGGGGGGCUCUGUGUCUGUGACCUGUUUGCAGCUCCCCAGUUGCAAAGCCCUGAAUUAAAGUAAUUAACUAGAAACAUACGUUCAAAGUCUCACUGUUUUAACAAGGGAUGACAAAGGAAUCCAGAAAAUCCAGCUUCUGAAUCUGAUGAAAAUUUUGGAAAAAUAAACAGAUGUGAUACUUCUUAACAUGA